ACGGACGGCUGUCUGAAAAUCCUAGGGUGGUAGUGGCAGCGACUGAGUGGAAAAAGGGCCCAGAAACUUUGAGUACUUUAAAACUAUCUAGUGGCUUUUCAGUGGUAGCUAUUUUUAUUACAACGCGAAUGAUAUUCAUUAUCGUAUCGUAAUUUGUAUCGAUCGUAAUCGCAUCAUAAUUCAACACUAUGGAUCGCAGUUUAGCUAAAGCGGACAACUUUUCAUCGCUGUUCGCCGUUCGGUCAUCUAUCAUCAUACCAUGAGCCGUGGCGAUACUACGCCACUAUUACUCUGGUGACGCGUAGUAGUGGCUUAGCGCCAGCGGUCGUUAUAUGCUUCACGUAGAUUGUCGAUCGUAACUGCUUAGUGCUUAGGUACCCGAUGUGCUGCUGAUUCGUCCUAGCUUGUAUGGCUAGUAUGUAGUUUGUGGUAGAUUGCCAGAUACCUACGUUCUGUGCGCUGUUUUUUUGACACAACAUCGGUUCCGUUUCAGGACGGAGGGCUCAUCGCGCUGCGGUUUCGCCACUGACCAGAGCACGCUCUCGUUCCUAGACCCCAGCUCCCUGUGGCCGCCGACGGACGGUGCCCAGUCGCCCCUCCCCGUGACCCGCUCCUGUCCCGAGUCUCCCCUCUCCCCGGCGCUCCUCUCGCCUCCCGGUGUGAGCGCGCUCUGCCUCCCGGCCAGUCCUGGGUCGCCGGCGGCCGGCGGUGAGCCGCGCGCGGUCAGCCCCCUGGCGACGCUGUCGGCCGAUGUACCGGCGCCGCGCGCGGUAGAGUCACAGGAUAUCAAACACCCCGACAUACCUCCGCCGGCCGCGCUGUCCCCCGUGCUCCCUGCCCCCGUCCCCGCCUCCGCUGCCACCCCCGCCGAUGAGCGCAGCCUCCUGCUGGCGUCCCGCUACCUGCGUCCGUCGCCGCCGCCGGCCGCUGUGCCCGGCGCCGCCGGCGGCGGCGGGUCGCUGAUGAGCUCUCUCCACCUCAGUCUCCCGCUGGACUCCAUCAGUGAGACGGGACUGGGCGCCGCCGACGGUACCCUGACCUCACGCGUACCGCGUCUCUUCGUCCCGGCGGCUGAUCAGGCGGACAUCAGCGGUCAGCAGAUCUCGGCGCGAUCCACCUCGAUCGGAGCCGCUCGCAGCCCCGGAUCACUGCCGGGCAUCCAGGACGAUACUGGUUUCGGAUUUGGCAGUGGAUGUUUUGAUGGGCUGGAAGAUUUUCAAAAGGAAUUUGACGCCGGAGGAUUCGCUAGUGGUGGGGAGGCGUUCAAGGCGGAGCUGGAUCAGGCGGAACAGAGUCUGGAUAGAAACGGACUGCCCAUGGUCGACUUCUCGCUGGCGUCAGGCACAUACGACCCGCACACCAAAUUCACGCCCUCUGGCUGCGAUGAGAGUGUAAACAUUUCGCAGUAUUUGAAGGCCGGCAGUUACCCGAUGGGAGUUCUGGGUGACGCUUCAAACGUUGAGCCGCCUCCCCGGUUCAGCAUGAGCACGGUGCAGACCACGUGGCAAUCCAACAGCGGACGGUUUCCGGACGAGGACUUCAAUUCAACCAGCUCCACUCUGCCGCGGUCCCGUGAAACGUUCAGCGUGUCCCACGGCUCUGGCUACAGUCAAAUCCACGGCACCGGUGGCCCUGCCCGAGUCGGAACGUACACUGUGCUGACUGCCGUCGGCUCAGCACCGGACACGACCUUUUCGACCGGCACCGGCGUCUCCCCCGGUCCGGCCCCCAACAAACGGGGUGGUAAGGACGGAGCAGCAGAGAAGAGUGAUACCGAGCGGACCCAGGGGAUUCACGAAAAUGCAGAGAGUCGGCUGGAAAAGGCGAGCUCGUCGACAGCGAGCAGCCGAGGUUUCUCGGUGGCGAGAACGGCCAGCGCUGAGGAGCGGUAUUCGCGGGGCGGGCGGUCAACAGAGGGCAGUACAGGUUUGCAUCAUGCGAAGAAGUCGGUGAAUGGAACUCAAAGCGAGACAUUGAAGGAAGCUUCGAAGGCCACGGAGCGGAGUCGAGCUUCACAGGACUCUCAGGACGCGAGCGUGACUCUGGUGAACGCCAGUCGUCCGUCGCAGGACUCGCGUGACAUGACUCUGACUCCCGAGCGGAGUCGGGCCGGCAGCUGUGAUACGGCCACGCCGACCACGGUCCGUCCGCGGCCGCCGCCGAGACAUAGCGCCGCCCUGGGUGACAGCCUGCGCCGCAAGAUAGUGGACGUGCUGAACCGUACGGAGGAGGCGCGGCUGCAGCUGCUGAUGCCCGGUCGGAGGACACCGGACGGUGUGGUGCAGGCGACGGAGGCGGCAGCGGCGGCGGUGACUGUCAGCCAGCAGCUCACCGUCACUGAGAUGAUAUCGCUAUCCGAGCAGCCGCUAGAUGACUCUGAGGACGGACAGACUGCGGAUGCGCAGCCGUCCCCCGCAGGCCGCGACACGUCCGCGCCGCUCUCAGAAGACCUCAGCGCGUUCGGGAGCUGGCCGGACGGCGGUGAGUGGCCCCAGGCGUACUCGCAGGCGCGCAGCGACGAGCUGAAGCGGAGACAAGAGAAGGAGAUGGCCGAGCACAAACAGCGGCAGGAGGAGCGCAUUCAGACGGCCCGCGCUCAGCAGGCGGCGCUGCGAAAACAGUGGGAGAUGGAACAGGAGCUGAAGGAGAAAGUAGCGCGACAGAGGAAGCUUCAAAAGAAACGCGAUGCCAAGGCGAGACGCGAUAGCGCCGCGUCGACGCUAGACCGGUCCCACGACACAUUGAGUGUGACGGUGCACCAUGACGUCCCUUCGUCGCCAAAGCCGAAGCAGUCUUCACCGAGGCGUACGGCAACUCCACGGCGUCCUGUAUCGCCGCGGCGGUCGUUUUCAAAGCCAAAACAGCAACAACAGACUCCGGAGAAAAAAGGACAGCAGCCGCCACCAGAACAGAAGCAGCAGGCACACCAGCCGAAGCAGUCACAGCGUCCGUCACAGUUGGCUGCCGACAAGCCAGCUCCAGAGGAUAUACCCUCCGACCCACCGUCUGCCGCUCCGACAAUACCGACUCCGGCUGUGGCACCGCCGCCACCUCCUACUAGUGCACCUUCCCCGGCGCCUACAGCGGGAGCCGUGGACCCGGAGAGGGUGUCACGUAUUCUCCAGGAACUGAAUGCAGCCACGGCGUCCGCUCAUACCCCGGCUCUCAGCAUGCAGCAGGUGGUGGAGGCGGUGAUGCGGCAGCUAGCCAUGCCAGACAUGUCUCUGGACGAGUCGUGCCGCAGCCGUACCGAACUAAACGUCACGGACAUCCUGCAGGAGCUGCGUGGCGAGAGUGAGGAGCUGAGCAACCAGAUGGCCCGUGCUGUGCCUCCAACUGGCUCCAGCGCUCCGGCAGAGACGCAGACCGCCAUCAGUGGCACAGGCGGCGGGCCGGGGGACGACGCUGGCGGCGCUGCUACUGGCAGCGGCAAGACCGGUCCCAAAGAGGCGACGCGUUUGGCCGAGUCAGUGUCGCGCCUGCACCGCGGCGUGCCGGCGCGUCCGCGCGGAGAACAGCCGCGACGCCGCUCGCCGGUCAAACGAUCGGCAUCCAUACCGGUACAGCCGGCCGGACCCAAACGCGGCACUGAGGGUGGUUUCCGUGGAGCGGCGGCCCGGCGCCGACCGGUCUCCACUUACGCUACUGAUCGGGGACCGGAAGAUGCUUCCCGACAGCGUCCCAACUCUGCCCAGUCGGAUCUGGCGGUGAGAGGGCGGAGGGUGCCGCGCAUGGGCAUCCGUCGCCAAGUGGAUGAGCUCACCACGGACGACAGUGAUCGCGCCGUCACAGCCAGGAGCGUGCGAGGCUCGCCCGGGAAGCCAGGAAAGAAGGCGCCGACCCGCCAGUCGGCCGCCGCUGCCAUCGCCGCCACGGCCGCGGCCGCUGCCCGGGCGGCGGCCGUCUCAACGUGUCCCGACUCUGCCAGUUCUGACGGGUCGGCCAGGACGUACUCGAUCGCGUCCGACCGCGCUCCCGGCUCCCUCCCGGCAGCGGUAACUGAGGAGGCUCCGGAGUCGGAGCCGGACUCGGCACUGGCCGACAUCGGGAUGGACUACGACUCUCCAGAGUUUCUUGUGGCUCUGGCGGCGCGGCGCUAUCCGAGCUCGACACCGUCGCUGGCCCGCUCAGUGGCUGCGUUUGUGGCGAGACAGGAGACCCAUGUGGAGGUGCUGGUGCCACCGCCGGCUGUCUGGCCUGAGGAGAGCGCCUUGGAGAUGCGUCCUACGACGGGUACGUCGAGCGGCUCUAUGGCGACUACAGCGGCCAGCGCGGCGGCUCGGCCCUCUCUGUCGAGCGCCGCCCCGCUGCAGACUCAGCCGGAGGAGCAGCCGCGAGCGGUGGCGGUGACCGGCUCCACGUCAGCAGAGGUGACCGGCGCCGCCGCGCGACCCCGCCGCAGUCGGAUCCCGACUCCUGUGCGGCGACACGUAAGCGAUAUGGUGGCGGCCACCUGCCAGAGCGCCCCGUGUCUCCUACAAAGUGAGGCGGCCAUGCCCCCGCCCCCGCCUCCACCCCCGCCCGCGCUGCCGUCGGCGGUGCCCGCGGCGGCGGCGGGUCGGCGGCCGGCCGCUGCGCUCAGCGGCGGUGACCGACAGACCGGACCACGCCCGGCGCUUCGUGCCUGCAACAGCGUGGGCUCGACGCGCGACUCUGGGGCGCAGACCGGCCUGUCGGCGACCUCCGCCAGCCAGCGACACAACCGACUGGUGCGCUCGGCCAGCGCCCAGGCGCGGCCCGGCGAGCCGCCCGCCGGGAGUACGGUGACUAGUGAACAGAUUCAGACCGAACGCGGACAGAGAGGAUCCAAGGCGUCCGUGGUGACAGCGGCGGCGGCCCGAUCGGCUCAGAUUCAGACGAGCACGGCUGCGGUGGCGCCGGCUCAGAAGAAGCCCGAGAAUGAUAAACCGGGGAAGGAGAACACCGCCCCGCGAAAACGAACGUCCUCUGUGAGUACCGGAGUGCAAACUGCCGACCUGACGUUCACGAAGCCCUCCAAAGAGAAGCUCCCACCAGAACCUACGAAAGAAUCAGAUGCUGUUCCAUCGGAUCAUGCCAAGAUAAUCUCUGAGCUACCGGCUCUGGCCACUGCCGAGGUACAGACAGAGACUGAUCAAUCUUGGGUGGAGCUAUCCGCCAAGCAACGAGACGGCUCGCGCAUAGCGGAGCGGCCUAUGGUCACUCAGCACGGAGACGCGACGCGCGAUCAGCCAGCACAGGCGAACAACCGAACUCAACUCACCAAUGGAGUCAGUGUAGCGAUCGCGGAGACUGCACAACACGCCCCGCCGCCGGCGCCGAUUCAGCGAGCGGAGAGGGAGACCGAACAGACUGUCCAUCCUCUGUCGGUUGGCCCGGCAGAAGACACGCCGGCGACAGAAACCAGCUCUGACGGUGACGAGCUAGUGAUGGCCCCCACCGAGGUUUCCCACCCUGAGAUUCUGUGCACGGACAUACGCUCGGAGCUGUGUGUGCCGGUGGUGAACCGCACUGCACACUGGGUGCAGCUGAUACCCAGUGUGUCCAGCGUGGAGCUGAACGACAGCCUGCUGCCAGCGGAGAAGGUCUCCGAUCCGCUCACAGUCAGCCUUCGGACGCGCACCCUACUGGAUGGCCACCAGGAGGGCGCCGUGCAUGUUACCCUGAUCCCCCGCGUGGCCGGGCGAAUCACUGUCUACCUCACCCUGUGUGUGGAAUCCAUUGAGCGGCGGACGAGCGGCCCGGCCGGCCGGCACACCUGUCGGGUGCGGCUGCGGAUGGUGUCCGAACGCCCAGCCGUCGAGCUGCUGCUGCAGGAGCCCGGGCUGCUGGACUUUGGCACGCUGCCCGAGAACUGCAGGAAGGUGGUGCCGCUGACUCUGGUCAACCUGAGCCGCGCGCCCGUGCCGGUCACACUGUCGGUGAUGUCGGCGGGCCGGGUGUUCCACCUUCCGGACGGAGAGCUGACGGAGACCCCAGUCCUGCCGGCUGCGGCCGCCCCCACCCGUCUAACGUCUACCCUGGCCCAGUUCACACUGCCGCCCGUGGACCCCAGCUCACAGGGCAUCUCACCGGUCACACUGAGCGUGGCGCUUCUCACACCGGCACUGGACGGCGAGCAGGGUGAGUGAGUGAGAGAGAGAGAGUGAGAGAGAGAGUGAGAGAGAGAGAGUGAGAGAGAGAGUGAGAGAGAGUGAGAGAGA